UCUAGCUUAAAUGCACAUGAACAAUAUGUGUUGAUUUAUCAUAACUCCUCCAGACUCACUAAAGCACCGGAUCCUGAAGUCUCAACUUCUGCAUUUUGCCAACAUUUCUUGUCAUUGCGAAUGAAAAUGAAAACGACCGUUUUACUGUAACCUGCAGAAUGAGUCCACAUUCCAUCACGGAUGACAGAAAUGUGACUGAGCAGGUGAAUUUCUCCACUUCUCUUUUUUUCUGCCCAUGGGAAAUCCUACAGAAGCAUAUCAGAGGUAACGUUCAGACACAGUCCCCUCCAGAACCAGCCUUCCGACUCACGUCACCCAAAAAGCAGAAGCAGUUUCAGUAUAAAUAACCCAUCGGCACUCUGGCUCCACACAUCCAGCAUGAUGAGGUGCCGUCUUCAGCUCUGUGUGCUGGGGGUGAUGAUGCUGUGCUCGGGUUUGUGGGUCCACUGCAAAACCCCCCUGAGCGGAGCUGACCUGGAUGGAGACGUUAACAUCGCAAUUUUGAGCUCAAUUCACACUAAAGUAAUCGACCUUCAUAAACGAACUAAACCACAGCCAUUCGUUUGUACUGGUUUUGAUCUGACCACAUUUCUACAAUCACUGAGCGCCAUCCACACAAUUGAAGAAAUCAAUAACUCUACACUGCUUCCGGGGAUAAAGCUGGGAUAUGAAGUCUGUGAUCCUUGUGCAUCUCCCACCAAAGCCCUGCACUGUGUGGAACAUUUACUGGCCAUUAACGGCUCUCUGCCGGCCCUUGUGGACUACACAGACUUCCGUGCGCCAGUGAAAGCUCUUCUGGGAGAGAGAUACUCAGAGUUAUCCAUCGCUAUCGCCAAGCUCCUCAGCCUCUACCUGCAUCCUCAGAUCAGCUGCUCGUCCUCUUCUCCCGUCCUGAGUGACAAACUGCGGUAUCCGUCCUUCAUGCGCGUGAUUCCCAGCGACGUCUACCAAGCUCAGGCGCUGGUCAAUCUCAUGUCUCAUUUCUCCUGGAACUGGGUUGGAGUGGUGUAUGGAGAUGAUGACUACGGUAGAGCUGCCUACCAAAGCUUCAUGGAAGAGUCCCAGGGAAAAAUAUGUGCUGACUUUGAGAAAGUGGUUCCACACUACUUGGACCACGUUGAUAUGGAUAAGCACAUCAAAGACGUUGCUCAGAGUAUACAAAAAUCUGGAGCCAAGGUUGUGCUGCUCAUUCUGAAGCCGCAGCUGGUGGAGAAACUCUUCAAGGAGAUGAUCCAAACCAACACAAGCAGAAUUUGGAUCGCGAGCGAUGCCUGGUCCAUGAACCGCUACUUAACAAAGAUGAAAGACAUCAACAAAGUGGGCAAAAUCUUUGGCUUUUCCUUUUCCAUGGGAAUUAUACCAGGGUUCGAAGACUACUUGAAAAACCUCAGGCCAACGCCAGGAGCAAGAAAUGACUUCAUAGAGGAGUACAAGCAGCUGAGACUGAACUGUUCCCUGUCGCCCUCCACCUGCGCUGUAGAUGAUGUGCUGCAGGCCGUGGACCUGAGAGAGGCCUACAGAGAGAGAGUGGCCAUGUAUGCUUUCGCUCAUGGGCUCAGGGCACUGCUGACAUGCAACGAGUCCGUCUGCUCUGGAGAUACCAACUUCCCUCCCUGGCAGCUGGUGGAAAGUAUGCGCAGUGUGAAUUUCACGCUCGAUGGCAACACCUAUUCCUUUGAUGAAAAUGGUGACUUUGCGGAUGGUUACGACCUCAUAAUGUGGAAGGAAAAUAAUGAUGAACGCUUUAUUGAAAUUGUGGGGAAAUUCCUCUUGAAAAAUAGAGACGUGGAGAUCCUCAGUCAAUUCCAGUGGAUAAAUCACACACUGCCCUGGUCCAAGUGCUCAGAGUCUUGUCCUCCUGGUUCUGUGAAGAACCAGUCUAAGAUCCCCUGCUGCUACAACUGUGUUCCGUGUGGUGAAGGAAAUUAUACUAAUGACUGGGAUCUACCUGAAUGUCUGAAAUGUCCCGAUGGAAUGUGGUCUAAUAAGGGAGACAGUGAAUGCAGGAAAUUCGAGGAGAAGUAUCUGGAUUGGAAGGACAGUUAUCCCAUAACUCUGUUAGCAGCUACAGGAAUAGGCUUAGUUCUAGUGUUGACUUCGCUCAUCAUUUUCUAUGUGCACAGAAACACAAUAGUAAUCAAAAAGGCUGAAAAUACAAUGUCUUGUUUCAUGUUACUGGGGUUGGCGGUCAGCUUCAUCAGUGUAAUCAUGUUCAUCAGCAGGCCAAACCCACAUCUGUGUCGGGCACAGCAGGCCGUGUACGGUCUCGGUUUCACUCUGUGUGUUUCAUGCAUCCUGGUUAAAGCCUACCGCACUUUCCUGGCUUUCAUGGCCUUUGAUCCGGACAGGCAGCAUGAGCUUAAAAAGCUCUACAAGCCUCUUAUCAAUUUGGUCCUGCUUACUGGUGGCCAAGGUAUCAUCCUAUUGUUCUGGCUGAUUUUUAAAUCUCCUCGCCCAGAUUUAAAGUGGCCUGGAACUGGCAUGGUAAAAUACAUUGUCUGUGAUGAGGGCACCAUUGUAGGUUUUGGGGUGAUGCAUGGUUACAUAGCUCUAUUGGCCUUCAUUUGUUUCUUUCUUGCUUUCAAGGGUAGAAAAGUCCCCCAUGAUUUCAACGAGACUGGUGUCAUCAUCUUCAGCAUGUUGAUUCAUCUGUUUGUCUGGCUUUGCUUUAUUCCCAUUUAUAUUGAUAGAAACAAGACAGAGCAGCGGCACAUUGUUCAAGCUUCAGCCAUCCUGGCCUCCAACUAUGGCAUAUUGUUUUGUCAUUUUGUCCCAAAGUGCUACAUAGUCCUGUGGGAGCUGUCCGAGAACUCAAGGGCCUUGAUCAUAGGCAGGUUGGCUAGACGGGUUAGAGAUGACAUGGCCAAUGCAAACAUCACUGUAUUAAAUGAAGCGGGUCGAAUCACUCCAGACUCAGGCAUCUUCUGCCAUGGUGUAGGAACAUCAGCGAUCAGUACACUUUCUGAAGAAGUUUCAAGUACUACAAUGACUGUGGGCUUACCAGCUCGAACAGUGUCCCACCAUGCCAAAUUGGGACAAAGACACACCACUCAAUAGAAAUAAAGGGGUUGUCUUGCGUUCUUCCAGCAACUGCAAUUAUGAUUAACAAGCAAAUACAUCCUGGCCAGAACAGUGAAUUCAUAAACUGGAUUUUUCAUCUCACAUACACUGUAAAUGUACCAAUACUGUACUCAUUGUUCAAAUGUGGUAAAAGGGUGCUUUGAUGAUUUUGCUGUAUCUUUGUACAUUUUUAUACAUAUUUAUACUUAAAUAGGGACUCUGCAUUUAUGAAUUAGUGUACUAAAUGUAAUGAUGUAUAAACUGGUUCAGAUGUUAUUGAAAACAUGGUAAAACCACCCUUAAUAUAUUUAAAAUACAUUUAUUUCAUACUGAUUAUAGUUCUAAUCUAUUAACAUAUUUACUGACAUAAAAAUUAUAAUUAAACUUUAUUUGGAGUACUACAAUGCACAUUUUAUAAUAUUAAGCCUAAAUAGUGUUUUAAUGUAUCUAUUGUUGAAGAUUGUAUGAUAUUUGAAUAUUAUCUGUUUUUAAAUGCAAGAUAUUUAAAGUGUACCUAAAGUAUAUUUGCAAUAGUUCCAAUUUUGUACAAUCAAAUACUCUUUCUGUACUGUUUCUUUACAUUUAAUAAACAAUAAAAACUGAUUUGAGCUUUGAACUGUAAUGUUGUGAUCAGUGUCUGCUGGAUCAUUCUGGCCUGUUUGAAUCCUUGCCUUUACCAGCAGAUUGCAGUCAUUACUGGCAGAGGUCC